AUGUUUUCUUGUAAAUCUUCAACAGGAAAAUAUUUAUCAUUUGUUAAAGGUAACAGUUUUACUGGAAAUGAACUAUAUUUGAAGUCACAGACUUCUAAAUCCUUAUUCAAAGUCUUUAUAAGAGAUCCGUAUGAUACUACAAACUUAUCACCAAUUGUCUUUAAAUCAUAUAUUUUAUCUGGCUCUGCUAUCUGUUUUAAAAUAUACGUCAUGAAUGGGUGUAAAAAUAAAAUAUAA